AUGCAGUUUGCAUAUGUGGUCCGACACAUAAUCAUCUGGCAACUCAUGAUACGCGCACAUCGGUGUAUAUACCAGCUAGGGGUUAUCUGCAUAAAGCAUCAUAUAAAUGCAAGAGGGCAUGCCGUCCAAGAUGGAGGCCUUUUUUUUUUCUCCCCAUGCAUUCUGCAUCUUCUGAUCAAGCUGUUCCAAUACAUUUCACUAAGUAAAAACCUUCCUACGAAGGUAAUGACCAAAGGAAAGAAUCAGCUCUUUGCUGCUUUUUUGCUAGCUAUUGUUGGAUUGAUUUCAGUCUUACAUUAUUCUGGCUACUCACUCCUUUUAUCUCGAGAUGAAAUAAAUGUUUCAAAUGAGGUUUCCGUCCUUGAUGGGCUGAACGGUACUCUUCCAUUGAUUAUACCGAGCUACUUAAUACGAAAGGAGGAAAUAAAGAAUUUGGAUGCUCUUUUGCAAAAAACCCCAAACUACAAAGAAGAGUAUAAACUUUAUGGUGCUGGAAAGGAAAAGAUUUUCCCAGAACGCACAAACCAGAUUUCAGACUACUCGUCUGUUUUCCAUGACUUCAAAUCCGAGAAAAUCAAUAUUUACGACUCCUUUACUAAUAUCGAAAAGAAUAUUGACAACUGUGGCAAGUUGGAGUCCGAAAUGCGAUUUUCAGUUUCCAACGAACAUGAGAUCCAAACUCCUAUGGAUGAAAUUGUUGAAGGCAUUGUGAAAGCUAUCGAGGAGGGAGAUGAAUAUGCAAAGGACUUGGAGCCAUACUUCGCUAAACAAGUGCGUUUGCAAUUGAAGCACGGUGUUACCGACAGAUACUGGUUUAGAUUGGCUGGUUCGUCUGUGUGGCUCAAGGAUUAUGGUGUGCAUUAUAUGGUGUCGAGACUUGUCUACAGUGACCGUGCUCAGAGAAACCAUCCAAAAUUCUCUGUCGCCUAUGUUCAACUUUUUGACGACGAUUGGAAAGAAAUCAAGACAAAUUUGCUUGUUCCAACUAACUUUGGGCCCAAGAAGAACAAGAAUGCAAUCGAAAUCGACGGCGAACCAUACCUUGUAAAACACUAUCCACUGAUCUUACCUGUUCCAUUAAGACUCGAUACAGGCAAAGACUAUCAGGGCCCGGAGGAUCCUAGAAUGAUUCUUGUCAAGAAUGAAAGGGGUCACGAGGAACCUUUGAUUAUUUAUAACAUAGACCAUCCAAAAAUGGGUACGUCUAAGGAUGAGAAUGGUACCGAGUUUGAGGAGAUGAAAAACUACCGUAACAUGUGGAUCAGUUGGCCUUGGCAAUUUCAAAAAGGAAAAUUCAAUAUUGAUGCCAAAGACAUUCCUGAGUUUGAAAAUCGUCUUUUCAACAGAGCUAAUGAACUUAGAAUCAAAAAUACCGAACGUCAGGGGAGUCAAAAGAACUGGACUCCAAUGAUCAGUCACACUUUGAGAGAGUACCAUGGUUACGAUAAAGAAAUUUUGGUUGUGACGCGAUGGUCUGAACUCGAGGUUUUGAAGUGUGAUAUAACGUCUGAUGACUCUCAAUGUCAAUAUAUGCUUCGAGAUGAUGGCCCUCCGAUUAAGAAUGAUGUGGGUCCACUUAGAGGAGGAACUGCAAUGAUCAAUGUGAACGAACUUAUCGCUUCGCAGACCAAUGCUCCAGUUCACCGUUUUAUUAAGAAAGGAAGAGAGAUUUGGGUUGGAUUUGCAAUGAGCCCACUUCAAAUGGUGUGGUUGUGGCCUGAGUUUCUACAGGCCAAACUUUGUUGUGAUCACACUGGAUUUGAUCACCGAUAA